GUGACUGAAGUGACUUGUCUGUAGAUUUGUUUUCCACGUGUUGAGUUCACGCACAGACGAGAGCAGCAGCGACGAUGAGUGUAACGACAGCAGCCAGAGGAUUUGUUCUCUUCCUUCUCACUGUGCCAGUGAUACAAGGUCAGAGAGCUUAUGAUGUUAAAUACACUUCUACUGAGAUCUGUGGCCUCAGAGGAUCAACAGUGGACAUAAGCUGCACCUACACAUACCCACGCAGAGUGGGUUACCAUGACACCACAGUUCAGGAAUCAUUCUGGUUCAUCAGAGAAAGUAAUGGGAUAUGUGCUGAUCUGAAAUCAGAGCCAGAUUAUUCAGGUCCUGUGGAGUAUCUGUGUGACAACAACAGAUGCACUCUGACAAUCAAAGACCUGAGAGAGAGUGACGCAGCUCUGUACAAGUUCAGGUUCAUAACAAACCAGUCUGGAGGGAGUUUAACUGGUUCACCUGGAGUCACUCUGUCUGUCACAGAUUUACAGGUGCAGGUGGACAUAUUACAUGAAUAUCAGUUCUAUAGUCAAACAAAGCUCACAUGUCAGAGCAGUUGUCUCCCUGAUCAUUCGUCAUUCAUCUGGUACGAAGGUCAAUCGAAGGUGACGGAAGGAGCGACUUAUUCAGCUAAUUUUUACUCUUCAGACAGUAUUUCCUGUGCCGUGAAAGGACAUGAGAGUUUUCACUCUCCAUCAGUGUUGAUACAGAGGCAGAAAGGUUAUGAUGUUAAAUACACUUCUACUGAGAUCUGUGGCUUCAGAGGAUCAACAGUGGACAUAAGCUGCACCUACACAUACCCACGCAGAGUGGGUAACCAGGACACCACAGUUCAGAAAACAUUCUGGUUCAUCAAAGAAAGUAAUGAGAUUUAUGCUGAUCUGAAAUCAGAGCCAGAUUAUUCAGGUCGUGUGGAGUAUCUGUGUGACAACAACAGAUGCACUCUGACAAUCAAAGACCUGAGAGAGAGCGACGCAGCUCUGUACAAGUUCAGGUUCAUAACAAACCAGUCUGGAGGGAGAUGUACUGGUUCACCUGGAGUCACUCUGUCUGUCAGAGACCCACAGCUCCAGAUUAAUGUGAGAUCACUUGGUCACUUUUCUCCCUGGAAAGAGCUGACAUGUCACAGCAGUUGUCAGCUGCCUGAUGAUCUUUCCUACGUCUGGUACAACAAUGGACAGGAAGUUGGAGGAAAAACAAAAUAUCUUCACCUUCGAGUCUUCUCUCCAACAGACAGCUAUCACUGUGAACAUGGGAGUAUCCGUUCUCCUUCAGUCUAUGCUCCAAAGCUUCCCUCUGUGUCAGUGAGCCCCUCUGGUCAGAUAGUGGAGGGCAGUUCAGUGACUCUGACCUGCAGCUCUGAUGCUAACCCAGAAGCUACUUGUAUCUGGUACAAGAAUCAAACAUUGAUUAAAGGAGCAGAGAGAAUUUAUCGCCUCAGUCCCAUCAGCUCUGAGGACAGAGGACGUUACGAGUGCAGCUGUCAGAAUCUCUACGGAACAACAACAAGAACAUCUAAAUAUCUACAUGUCCAGUAUGCUCCAAAGUCUCCCUCUGUGUCAGUGAGUCCCUCUGGUCAGAUAGUGGAGGGCAGUUCAGUGACUCUGACCUGCAGCUCUGAUGCUAACCCAGAAGCUACUUGUAUCUGGUCCAAGAAUCAAACAUUGAUUAAAGGAGCAGAGAGAAUUUAUCGCCUCAGUUCCAUCAGCUCUGAGGACAGAGGACUUUACGAGUGCAGCUGUCAGAAUCUCUACGGAACAAGAAGAACAUCUAAAUAUGUAGAUGUCCUCUAUGCUCCAAAGCUUCCCUCUGUGUCAGUGAGUCCCUCUGGUCAGAUAGUGGAGGGCAGCUCAGUGACUCUGACCUGCAGCGCUGAUGCUAACCCAGCAGCUACUUACACCUGGUACAAGGACAAUGAAGACUCAGUAAAAGCAACAGGACACAUCUUCACCAUCACUGACAUCAGACCUGAACAUGGAGGACAGUAUUACUGUCAAGUCAAGAACACCAGAGGGAGCCACAGCGCCAUGUUCAGUUUGGAUGUCACAGUUUCCACUGAAGUAUUAAAAACAGCAAUCACUGGAACAACCGCUGCUGUUUUGUUUGUCAUGGUACUUCUCACCAUCAUCUUUCUGAUGAGAAAAAAGAGGACCUCUGAGCAGCCAUCUGAGCCUGGAGAUAGAGCCAACCACAGUGAACAGCCCGGGCCUCACAGAAACAUGAUGAAGCAGAGGGAGAACGAGGAGUGGAGUGUUGUUGAGUAUUCUGCUGUCAGGUUCAGAUCCAGAGGACAGGAAACUGUGGAGGAUCAAACUGCGUUGUACAAUGUGGUCAAAACACCCGCUCACUGACACACAAACUAGUGCCUGUGAAGCAUUUAAGUCCAGGUGUAAAUAUUCCAAAGCUACAGCGUUGCAGACAUACAUGGUCCCUACAGGAUGAAGUUCUCUGAUCUUUGUGAUCCCUGAUCACUUUGUGGAUUCCCUGCACUAUCGCUUUCUCAUUUAGCCGAACAAUUUAAAUAUGUAUCAAACAUUGUAUAACCAGCAGCAUCAUGCACAAUGGUAGUUAUCAGCCUGUGAGCGUGUUAUAACAUCUGGGUAAAAACCAUUUACAGUAUGUAAAGAUGACAUGACAGCCAAACUCAAGACACAUCUUUUCUGAAUUGCCUUCUCCGUUUUUUUAGUGAUAAUGAACUAUUGUGUAAAACAAAUAAAAAGAAAUGUUGAUGUGAA